GAGAGAGAGAGAGAGAGAGAGAGAGUAUGCAGACGAGGAACACUGAAUAAAAAAUGCUAUAAAAGCAUGGAAAGGGGGAGAGAUGUAGGCAAAGAGUGUGCGAUAUGAUGUAAGAAUGCGCAUUUAUUCAUUAAUGGAAUGGACCAGUGAGGAUGUCCAGACCCAGGUGCUGACUCAAGACGUUCUUGAGGCUGGUGUCUGCUGUCCUGCCUGAAGGAGGGGUACCUCUGUCGUCACACACACACACACACACACAGACACACACACACACACACACACACACACACACACACACACACACACACACACACACACACACACACAAUCCACACAGAGCUGCGGCUAGAGGAUAGAGACAGGGAAAUACUGAGGAACACCCUGACUACCAUAAACAAUGGCAGAUAUUGAUGAUCUGGCUGGGGCUCUGAAUGCAAUAAGUGUGAGCACUGAACUUGUAGAAGAAGAACUAAAGCCUCACAUAGACACCAUGCUGAAUGUUUUACUGGAGAAGAAAACAGGUGCUGCAGAGCAGAUAGCCUCCAGUGGAAUACUACCCACGCUGGCCCAGACUCUGAGACAGAAAGGCUCCCUCACAUCACAGGUGACGCUGUUGGUGGCUGAAAUGGCCAGAGAAGCUGCGGUCAGAGAGAGCUGUAUCCAGGCAGGCCUGGUGACUGCACUGUUGCCUUUACUGAACAGCCAAGAUCAGGAGCUGCUGCUACACACCGGCCGUGCCAUCGGACGCAUCUGCUUUGACAACACUGGGCAGCAGACUCAGUUGGUGAAGAGUGGUGUUAUCCCCAGACUGGUGGCCAUUAUGCACCAGUACCCAGAAAACGAUCCACUUGUCAACGUUUGCCUUCUGGCCCUGUGUAACCUUGCUGAUAUGGAUGCAGCAAGAGAAGCUUUGGCAGAAGUUGGUCUGGCAGAUGUUCUGACUUCCCAGCUGAAGCGUGCGCCAGAUGCAGAGCGCCGCCAUCUUAUUCUGGAGGUGCUGGGAUCACUCGGAGAGAGUGAUGCCCUGAAGCUCCAAUUUGUAGAGGGUGGUGUGCCUGAAGCUCUUUCUCAAAUGAUUCGAGGAUUGCAGGGUGACUCCGACCCUCAUGACCUGUGUAGUAUAAAAAUAGCAUCCAACCUCAUAGUGACACUGCUACUGGGGGAUGAAUCCAUGCAGAAAUGUUUUGGAGAAGGAACAGGGGUUGUGUAUCAGGAUGUUUUGUCCUGGCUACAGUCGUCUAACACCCAACUUCAACUAUCUGGAGCUCUGGCAAUUGCGAACUUUGCCAGAAAUGACAGUAAUUGUGUAAAGAUGAUGGAACUGGGGGUUGUUCCAUAUAUCCUGGAUCUGCUGGAGCAUCAUGUAGAUGAGGGCGAUGUGUCAGUGCAGCAUGCAGGCCUUAGUGCUCUCAGAAAUCUUGCUAUACCAGCAUCUAAUAAAGUGCGCAUGCUGGAGGAUGGAGUGAUUCAGAGGAUCAGGACUCUGCUGCGCUCAGACAUGCCUCCCGUCCAGUUCAAGCUGCUCGGGACUCUGCGGAUGAUGGUGGAUGGCCAAGAUGAAGCAGCCACAGUUUUGGGCAAAGAUGAGAUAUUAUUGGCACGGGUUAUGGAGUGGUGUGAAGCAAAAGACCAUGCGGGUGUCAGAGGAGAAGCCAAUCGACUUUUAGCAGCAUUUAUCAGACACAGUCGAUCUUCAGAAGUCAUUCAUGCUGUCAUCAAGGCAGAUGGGGUCCAACACCUCAUCUCUAUGGCAACCAGUGAACAUGUCAUUAUGCAGAAUGAGGCACUGGUUGCCCUAGCCAUUGCCUCUGCAAUAGACAUUGAGGUGGUGGAAGAGUCGUUCAGUCAUGCUGAUCUGCUCUCCACCCUAAAGAAGAUGCUGGAUGACCCUGUAGGCGCAGUGGAAGUCAAAUUUAGCACACUAGGGCUUAUUUGCAGUCUAGCCAACUCCAGCAAGCUGAAGGAGCAGAUGGAUGCUCUGAACCUGAAGGACAGCCUGUCCAAGCUCUCCAAUCACACCAGCACCAAGCUGGCCUCGCAGGCAGUCACUGUAAUGGGCAUACUCUCUGAGACUAUCUAGACCACCUGUCAAACUCUCUGAUUGAUGGGACUACUGACUCGAAACACACAGAGUGUCUACUUUAUACAUUUCUCAUCAACCCAGUCUUUUAAUCUGCAAGACUAAAGCAAUCUAAAGCAAUCUGUCUGUGAGCUCAGUAGGAAGCAGGGUGAUGCCAUUCUGGCAGAGGAGGUUAAUUGGCUCAUAAAUAAUGUAUCAUUACAUGGUUCAUUUCCUAUUAACCAACCUGCGAUAACCUUGAGGACAUACUAAAAGUAAGAAGUUGUGUCAAUGUGCAUACUGUCUUCUGAAUAAAAGCACAAUUCACUCUAAAACCCAUUUCAUUAUCUGAACACCCUGAAGUGGAAAUAGCUAUAAAAAAAAUUACAGAUGCUGUAAUAUAACUACACAUAGAAUCAUACUGUUCUGCCCAAUUAUACGCUCCUUAGAUUUGGUACAGGCUAUUUUUUCUGACUGGUAAUUAGUCCGUAGUCUGGAAUACAUUGUUUUUUGUUUGAGCAGGUGCUAAAUUUGUGUAAAUAUGACACACUAUCACUACACAUCAUUAACCAAACUUCAUUAAGAAAAGCACAUGGACUUACUGAUUCCUACAUUUACAUACUGUGAAAUGUGAUUACAGCUCUUGCUUUAGAAAAGGAUUUCAUUCUGCAAUAAUUAUUUAGUCAUUAUACUAUAUUAUAAUUAUGACAGAUGGUUGUACUAGUACUUAAUAGAGAUUUUUUAAAAUGCAAAUACUUUGAUCAUGUUGAUCAUUCUAUUAGCUAACCAUGAAUACAAGGAAUGUCUAUGUGUGUAUUCGUAAUUCCAAGAAAUAUAUCGAGAGCUGUGUUUGAGAUUCUAUUAUAAAAAAAUACAAAUAUUUAGUCUUUGAUGUGUUUUCAAGUGUGACUGUGCUGUGGGUUAAUACAAAUCUCGAAACUG